GAUGCAGCAUUGAGCAGCACGUGAGCUUCAUAUGACAGGAGCGAGCAGCAGCUGUCUCACUUGGCACUGGGCGUGCUUGUGUCACAGGGAGGGACACACCACUAGCCCAGUACAUCCCCCCCCCCCCUCCCACCCAUUUAACCAGAAGCUGGAGCUCAUAACCCAUCAUAUCCAGCAGAGCACCAGACACAGCUCACUUCUCACCUGAGACUCCACAAGAGCAUCUGCUCACUUGGGAUCACUACCUGUGCACACUACAGGAUCCUGCCAGAGUCGCUGCUGCAUAGUCACUGCUGUUUCUGGAGAGACGCUUUGGGAUCUACCUCUGUUGUAGCACUCAGUUGGCAUGGAGAGGAUACCUAGUGCCCAACCUCCGCCUGCUUGUCUGGAGAGAUCUGCUUCCUUGUCUGGGAUGGAUUUUGCACACAUGUAUCCAGUAUUCAAGGCCAGGAAAGGGUUAAAGAGAUGCGAUGACGUGAAGGAUACGUAUAAGCUCCCCCAUCGGCUUAUCGAAAAGAAGCGCCGUGACCGAAUCAAUGAAUGUAUAUCUCAACUUAAAGAUCUGCUGCCUGAGCACCUGAAACUGACAACACUGGGACAUCUUGAGAAAGCUGUGGUUUUGGAACUGACCCUGAAACAUGUACAGUCCUUAUCUAGCCUCAUCGAGCAGCAACAGCAGCAGAUUCUCACACUGCAGAGUGGUGGCUCUGUUGAGGGCAACAGGACGUCGGGGGAGGAAAUGUUUCGCUCCGGCUUCCAGCUCUGCGCAGAAGAGGCGCUAAGAUUCCUACAAGGAGGGGAGAAGCGUGAACUGGUCGCUCAUCUGCAUCGCUUGGCUUCAGAUAUCGGCCAGAGUUCCCCGAGGGCUCCCAAACGUGUUGAGAAGUCCGCUCCAAGGCCACAGGCCACUAACUGUGUGCCGGUCAUCCGUCGCGCAGCCCCUCUCCCAUCCGGAGAGCAGAGUGGUACCGAUACGGACACUGAUAGCGGAUACGGAGGGGAAGUCGAUAAAGUUGAUGCCAACCCAGAACAGGGCAGUGCCCUCAAAGAAAGUACCUCUGCCUCCCCACCCAUGGACAGGAUUAUCAAGCAGGAACAUGACGAUGAGGUUCCCAGAAAGAGACCAAGGGUUGAUACGAUGGAGAGCGAGGCCAGGUUCUGCAGCAAUGACCUUUCUUCAAUGGGGCCUUACCCAACCCAACCACCUUUCUGCCUCCCCUUUUAUUUGCUACCCCCCUCAGCCUCUGCCUAUCUGCCCAUGCUGGAGAAAUGCUGGUACCCAGGAUCUAUGCCCAUGCUAUAUCCCACCCAAUCACAAUCUGGGUUACUGAGCCCAGACAGAGCCCAACAGGUUUACUCCCCAGCCAUGGACUCCUCUGCCCUCCUACAUGCACUUACACAGGCGCCCACAGUGGGCACAGAGCCCAAGGACUGACACCGACGGAGGGAAAUCUGUCCGUCCUGGUAGCAGAAGACAAACAUGGAUUCUGGGGCCGCAUGUGGAAGACUCUGCAAGAGAUCCUGGUGCGCAAGGAGGGCCUUCCAAUGAACUCGGUAGUUCACUUACUUAGGUCCUGGGUGUCGGUCAGAAGAAGAGUGGCGCGACCGCGUCUAUACAGACCACACCGGCUUUGGAUGGGAAUGGAAGCGAUUACAAGAUGCUCAGCCCAGCGUCAUUGGCUGGUGAGAUAAAUGCAGAAAUAAGGGGCAACCAACAUAGACUUGACUGAAGAGGCGAGGGCAGCUCUAUCACUCCCUACGUCCACCUCCAGUCUUUCCUGGUCACGUAACGGAGGCUGACCUGGGCCUUUGGCAGCUGGGGUGAUGAACCAAAUAACCCUCCCCUCUCCUAAUAAUAUACCAAAGCCUUCAAAAAAAGUGAAGACGCCUUUGCGUCGGCACUGAACAUGGCUUGUCGCAAGUCCUCGUGGCGCCCGACCAGCCCCGGCCCGCGUUCUGCGGAAUGAGGUAAACAUCUCCAGAAAAUAGCACUUUAAUAUCCGAUUCCUCACGUUCUGGAUCCCCGCCCUGUUCCCGGGGCUUAAGGAGAGGAUAUCGCUCUUUUAUUGUUGAGAAAAAUAAAAACUUUUAAUUUCUUGA